GUACGCAUACAUAUGUAUAUAUGAAAGAGAAUGCAAGUUAUAUGAUGCAGGCUGUAUAUGUAUAUGUCAUGUUAUGUUUUUAUGUAUCUAAGCAUUUAUAGAAUAUUUUCGAUGAAUUAGAAGUGAAUUUUACUAUUGGAAAAAUAAAUAUUUUUGGACAUGGCAAACUUACUAUGGUGGUUAUAUGGGAUGAAUAAGUGGAAUUAAAAGUAAUAAAAUUAUAUUUAAUAACUGACUUAUUCAGAAAUUAAGAAUUCGAAUAGCAAAACAUACACAUAACCUAUCAUAGCGUAAAGUGAUACGAAAGUUAUAAUCAUGCCGGUUUUUCAAGAAUCGUGUGCAGAGCAAAUUCAAGCUCAAACGAUCAUUAUAAUUCAUCCUGGAUCCAUGUAUCUUAGGAUGGGACGAGCAUCUGACUUAAAUCCUUGUACAAUGCUAAAUGCUGUUGCCAGAAAACGUUUAGCUGGAGGGUUAGAAUAUAAAGACAGUUUACUACCACCAGCUGUACCACGAACAAAAGAGCUGACACAAGCAAUGGAGGAAUCUCGUCUACAAGUAUCUCAUACAUUACAAUCUUGUCUGCAAUCAGAUGGAAGAAGAAGAUAUGCUACGCCACCCCAACAAAUAGCUGCUUUUAAUCGCAGAUCCAAUCCAGAAAUAUCAUCUCCAUGUAGUGUCGAAUGGAUAAAAACAGAUAAAGACAUUGUAGUUGGAGAUGAUGUAUUAUCGUUGAAUCCAGAUGAUAAUUUCAAUAUUCACUUUCCAUAUAGGAGAGGUGAACUUAACAUUCAUUCUGGUCCUGGUGGUAGCUUGAGAUCUGUUAUGGCUGAUUUAAAAACGAUUUGGGAAUACGUUCUCACAGAAAAAAUGGACAUUCCUUUAAGAGAUUUGAAACAUUAUCGUGCUGUUCUUAUAAUUCCAGAUAUUUAUAACAGGCAAUAUUUAAAAGAAUUGACAACUUUGAUGCUCUGUGAUAUUGGAUUUGGAGCAUGUUUUUUAUUACAAGAUCACGUGGCAGCUACGUUUGGUGCAGGACUGGGAUAUGCAUGUGUAGUUGAUGUUGGAGAUCAAAAAACAUCAGUUUCUUGUGUAGAAGAUGGAAUCUCUCAUAGAAAUACUAGAGUACGAAUGGAUUAUGGCGGAGGAGAUAUCACUCGGACAUUCUUCUGGCUACUUCAGAAAUGUGCUUUCCCUUACAAAACAUGCGAUCCAUCUAAUAAGCUAGACGCGUUACUCUUGAGUCAAUUAAAGAAAGAUUUUUGUCACGUUGAUUUGAAUGUAUGCGGAUCUCAGGAAAAGACGUUUGUAGUUCGAAAACCGAAGCAACAAACCGAGAAAUACACUCUACAAGUAGGCGAUGAGUGUUUAGUCGCACCUUUAAGUUUAUUUCAACCUGAAUUAUUUAAAGUUACUGGAACACAUAGCGUACAUAUACAAAAGAGGUCAAUGGGAGAUCCGGAAGACCCGCACGACGAAAAUUACCUGCGAGAAACGAGUAGAAGAGGUAUGAAAGAAAAUCUUGAGCAAACAUCUGAAAUGCAAGAAGAGGCAACUGCACCAACUGUAGCAGGGGAAGAAGAAGUGGUCGUAGAUGCUGUAGAUUCAGCACCGACCUUAUCGAAUCGCGAUCUGGAUGCUCCACGUGACUUUGUAGUGGGUCCCCAGCAACUAUUAGGAUUAGAUCAUGCUGUACUUCAAAGUAUCGAUCGCUGUCCCACGGAAGAUCUGAAAAGAAAAAUGUACAGUUGUGUACUUGUUGUUGGUUCUGGUAUGAAAUUUCAAGGUAUAGGUAUGUGGCUACACAAUCGGAUUUCUCUUCAAAUUCCUUACAUGUAUAGGGCUGAACAAUUGGAUAUCAUAACACAACCAAAAGAAAUGGAUCCUGGUAUGACAGCAUGGAAAGGGGCAGCAAUUCUAAGUUGUUUAGAAUCUGCUCAAGAAUUAUGGAUUGGUCGACAAGAAUGGGAACGAACAGGUGUCAGAGUAUUGAGAGAAAGAGCACCAUUUAUGUGGUAAAAAUGCUUGAAUAAAACAUUUUUCUAAAAUUAAAAAAUUUUAAUGUAAAAUAUUAAACUUAAAUUUUGAUUUAGCCACUUUUUUCAAUUAUGUAUUACAUAUAUCUUUAUCUACCAUAUAAUGUUAUCACCUCCCUAUCUUUAAGCACUUAAAUUUAUGUAAUUAAAAAUAAAACCUUAUUUUAAAAAUAUAGAA